AUGAGUCUUCUCAACAAGCCCAAGAGUGAGAUGACCAUGGAGGAGCUGCAGAAGUGGGAGGAGGAAGAGUUCAACACGAGCCCACUCUCCGUGCUUACAUAGUGUAAGAACAACACCCUGGUGCUCAUCAACUGUGGUAACAAGAGGCUCCUGGGCCAUGUGAAGGCUUUUGACAGGCAUUGCAACAUGGAGAAUGUGAAGCAGCUGUGGAAUGAGGUCCCCAACAGAGUCAAGUGCAAGAAAAGGUCCAAGUCAGUCAACAAGAACAGCUACAUCUCCAAGUUGUUCCUGAGCAGGGAUUUGGUCAUUGUGGUCCUACAGAACCCUCUCAGCUAUGGCAAGUAG